AUGUUAAAUGCUGCCAACGAAGACAUUUCAAAACUUCAAACUAAUCAAUACAGCAGUUUAGUUCUGCAGGAACUCAUACAGAUCUAUGUUACUAGUAUCACAUCUUUGGAAGAACAUCAUGUUCUUGCGGCAUCGAAAGAUCCUAGUGGUUCACGGGUCAUUGAAUCUUUCCGCAACUCGAAUAUAUCGGCAAAGCAAAAAUGGAAGUUAGUUGCCAAGCUUCGAGGACAUUUUGGUGAGCUCUCAGUGCACCCAUUUGGUUCAUUUACAGUUGAAAAGUGUUUCACUGCUAGUAACUUGUCCCUGAGAGAAACAAUACUGUCGGAAAUGCUACCUCUCCAAUCAGAGCUAUCCAAGACCAAGCAGGGACCUUACUUACUGAGGAAACUCGAUAUUGACGGGUAAGCUAUAGGCUUUUCUUUUCCAUCUUCACGGCUUCACCCCUUUGCCACUAUCUAAUGUAGCUUAACGAUGGAAGUUCACAGUGCUCUGUGGCUGAGAGCACCAUUUCUUUUCCGAUCAAGGAUCUGUUGUGUCAUAACUCUUAUUGUCUAUGCAUCUUGAUCCUGUUCGUUGUCACAAAGUUAAAAGGGCUAGGUACAUUAAGAUUAUUGUUUCUUCUCAUCCUAGCAUGACUGCAUGUAAUUGUUAGCUAAACAGAGAUGGAACACUUGAUUGAAUUAUCAAUCAAUGUAGUCAGAGAAGCAGAAUAACAGUUAGAAGAAGCAGAGGAACAGAUAUGAAGAAGUAGAGAGUCAGACGACAGAGAGAGAAAUAGUGGAGAGUAUUA